AUGGGAAGAAGGGCCAACUGUAGCUGGAUUGAGCCUGAGAUCCCUCUGUCAUCACACAUCUUCAGUGUAACUAUUAAAGAUGAGCUGUGGCUCUUCCUCAUCCCAGCUGGCCUGGCUCUCAUUCUACUGGGGGUGUUUCUGGAGGAGGUGGGCUUCUUCCUGCGCCACAUUCCCUCGUCCAGACGGAAACGACUGUACCUGUGGAUAUUAGGAAUGUAUCCGGUGUUUGCCUUGACCUCCCUUAUAGCGCUGUAUGUGCCACGCUCUUCCUCACUGUGUAACUUCGUUGCUUCACUGUAUCACUCCACCACCUUGCUGAAGUUCAUGGGACUGAUCACAGACUUCUUUGGAGGGAAAGCUCGUAUGCUAGCUGCUUUGUCUGGGCAGCAGGUAUCUCCAGAUCCUUUCCCCUGCUGCUGCUGCUGCUGUCUCCCAAUGGUGACCAUCAACAGCAGCAGCCGUGGCUGGAUGAUGGCGGCUGUGCUGCAGCUCUCUGUUGUCCGCAGCAUCUUGUUCUUUGUCACUCUGGUGCUGUGGACAGAUGAACAGUAUGACUAUGGUGAUGUGGACUCGGUCAACCCCAACGUGUAUGUGAACGCUAUUAUAGGUGUGUCAACCUUCGUGUCCUUCUACGGCCACCUUCUCUUUUACAAAGCCACUAAUAGUGCUUUACAUGGCUUUGGACUGAGAGCCAAGUUCAUCUGCAUCAUCGUGGUGUUGGUGCUGUGUGGCCUGCAGAGUGGCAUCUUAGAGACCAUGGGUGCUCUGGAGGUUAUCCCCUGCACACCACCCUUCUCUGUCCUGACCAGGUCCCAGUUGAUCUACCACUACUGUGUGAUUGUGGAGAUGUUCUGCAUUGGCCUGUAUGCCCGCCACACUUUCCGUAAGGUGGAGCCGAGCGUGGCGGAGGAUGUGGAGGGGCCCGUCGGUGUCUGGCAGUUGGAAAAGGCUGUUCAAACGGACGACCUUCACAUGACGCAUUACAAGCCAGGCCUGCUCGGUCGCUGCCUCGUCAGCGCCUACAAUCCCAGUUACAGCAGUGACAGCGAGGACAGCCUGUGCAGGAUAGAGCAUGCACCUCUGGAUGGUUUCCCCUUCCCUCAGGCCAGAGGUCAGCAGCCAGGCAGGCCAGAACCAGGGGAGCCCAGGUCUGCUGAGCAACCUGGUGUAGAUCUGACCCACAUAACUGUCAGGGCUGAGAUGAACUAUCAGGACUCUAAAGAUGUCACUGUGGUUUGACCAACUAUGGAAGACCUCAAACAAAAGACUAAACAAGUUGUACUCGUUGGAUAUCUUUUGAAGCAGGAUAAUUAUUUUAGUCAGCAACUGCCCGAAAUAUGAAGAUAUUUGUAUAUUGUUAAUCAUUAAAGUAUUUUAGUCUAUACGGCAGACACUGAGAUUUAAUGGUGUAAAGGCAGAAGGUAAGGUCAUGAAAAGUAAAGGUUAACAGCUAAAAGAAUAACAUUAGUUACACCACUAGUUAAGCAAGAAUAGAUCAAAUAUCAGCAGAAUGUGAAAAGUGGGUUGCAUCUGUUGUCAGGAGUAUUUGAAAAGUUGUUUCUCCACUGUGGGAAAGUUAGGGAGUAUUUGAAGAAAAGGAUAACUGGUGGUUAAAAAGUCAAGGUUGGCAAGAGAGUCAGUCAACAGAUGUUACAUUCUUAUUGUUUAAAACUUGGUUUAAUUCAUUUCUGACUCGCUCAGCACAUCUUUGUAACUUUAUUUGCAGUCCAACCCUAUUCUCUCUGUGCCUCCUUUCAGAUAGGCAAUGUUUUCUUUAGCCCCACGCGUCAAACUCGACCAUUGUAUUUUAGGUAAACUGAAGGUCAUCAUAACAAACAGACAAAUGUAUUCUUGUGUCAGACUAACACCUGCCACCGUCUGAAUCCUCCACCCCUCCUUUCUCUACCCCUCCAUUCUAUAUUCCUCCUUUCACUAUUCCUCCUGUCUAUCCCUCCUUUCUCUACCCCUCCUUUCACUAUUCCUCCUUUCUCUGCCGCUCCUUUCUCUACCCCUCCUUUCUCUACCCCUCCUUCCUCUACCCCUCCUUCCUCUACUCCUCCUUUCUCUACCCCUCCUUUCUCUACCCCUCCUUUCUC